CUAUAACACUACGAAAGGGAUCGUUCUUCAUAAUGAGAACUUUUUUUAAAUUACACUUUUAAUGCAUUUUGCCAGUAAUGGCAGUAAAAUCACUGGUGAGCAACAGACUGUUUUUACAAACCUUCUCUCCACAAGUAUGCAUUUGUAUUUUUAUGUUAGAUAGACAGACAGACGGAUGGAUGAGAGGCUCAAAGGGGAGGAGUUUCCUGCGCAGUUUGCGGAGUGGCAGCCGACGGCGGAGCAGCAGCAGGAUGGCAGCCGGGAGCGCGUCUCUGUGCGCGGCCGUUAAGUUGUCGCUGGAUGAAAACUGCACCCGUGACGAGUAAAAAGUGACACCGACUAUCAGUUUCCUUCUCUGUUCCGGGAGUCAUGGGUCCGUUCGUCUGUCUGCUGUGCGCGCUGAUGCUCUGGAGGAACGGAAGGGCGAGCGGGGAGCCCAAUCAGACGGGACACUUUCUGCAUAUCAACGACGGGAACUUUUCAGACCGGGAUCACAUGAAACAAGGGCCCUUUGAGAACCAACAAGUGCUCGGUCCCUUGUCAGGUUCUGGCUUUGACCUAAAGGUCCAAGUCAACGACAUUCUGAGUCGUGAGCAGCUGAGACAGGCGGUGGUGGAGGUCUACGUCAACUACACCAAGACCAACACUGCUCUUACUGGGGAGGACGGUGGUGUUUUGCUUCAUGUACCUUACCAAAAUGGGACGGCGAUCACAAUUGUAGCCAGCAAGGAUGGCUAUGUUAACUCACUGCUGCCUUGUAAAACCGACAGGAUGCCAAUAUUUUCAUCUGUGACCAUGUCCCUGCUUGGUGUGAAUCAGGGGAACAUCUGGCUCUUUGAGGAUUCAGUCCUGAUCACUGGCAAAACAUCUGUUUUAUUUCGUUCACUUGUAGAUGCUUCGUCACGGCCUCUUGUCCAGUUUCCCAAGAGCCUGCUGAACCUCACCGACAGCAGUAACGUCACCUCUGUUAAAGCCUUCCUGACUAUUCCCAAGCUGCCGUCAGAGGAGGACAGCCCUCCGAACACUGUGGGCGUCAUGAGCAGUAAAUCAGGAUUCGUCAGCAGGGAGUUGAAUCCGGUGGCGGCUGUCAGCGUGCAGCUUUUCUCAGGAGACACGGAGUUACAUGUGAAGGGACCCAUACAGAUCAGCCUCAGCAUCCCUGACAGCUGUGGACUUCAGACUUCAAAUGUUGUUCCAGCUUGGUUCUUUAACCAGACCACUGGUGGGUGGAUGAGGAAAGGACUUGGGACGGUGCUGUCAUCAGAAGGAAGACUCACGUGGACGUUCACAGCGCCUCACCUUGGUUACUGGAUAGCAGCGCCUCUGUCACCCCCCAGAGGUUUCUUCGGACUUGGCGUCCCCAUUGACUUCAUCCUGCACCAUUCAUCUUUCCUGAUGGUUAUCCUUGGAGGAAUGCUUGUUGUUAUCGUCUGUCUCCUGGUUGGGUUGUUGUUUAAUCGCAGACAUUCGCUCAGUGAAACUGAAACAAAGAAGUUCCUACCACUGAUGAGAAAAGACCAAACCACCUCCACAUGCGACAGUGAAAUGUUUGAAGUCUCUUCAGGGGGCUCCUCUCAUCCACAGCAUGAACAGGACCAAUUACUCACAGAAAGGGGGAAUAAUGUGCACAAUGCCUCUGUUAUUUCUGCACACAAUGACAAUGUCAUAGCCAACCCCAAUGCUGUGGCCAUCACAAUGGAGUGUAAUGAACUGGAGCUUAAUGCAGACCUGAAUGAUCUGACUUGUUUGCAUAAACUGACAGAGCAGAUCAGAGGUCCAGCUUCUCUCACAGAGAACUUGUUUUUCUACAACCAGCCUGUUGCCAUCCUUCACGCUCCAGCAUUCUUCCGUUUGGAGGAGCAGCCAGAGCAGCCUCAGAGGAGCAAGUCGGCCACUCUUCCCCGUUCAGGGGCUGCAAACUGCACUGCCGCUGAGCCACAGAGUAAAGACAGCUUCACCCAGACUGUGCCAAAAGGUCCUUCUGCCAUCCAGAACCAGACAGCAGAAACUGAGGACCAGGUUUUAGAGGGCUCAACAUCCACCAGUACAUCCAAAGGUCAUUUCAGCCUCCCAGAGUCAGUUUCAGUCCCAGGAACAUUAAAUAAGAUUGGGGGCAGCAGACACUCUGUGCAUGCCUUGGCAGAACUUUCUAAAAUCCCCUCACCGCAGCCUCCUCGGGCCUGGUUUGUCUCUCUGGAGGGCAAACCUGCAGCUGAGAUCCACUAUGCUGUGUCCGAGCAGCAGAGGAGACGAAGGCCGGUCGACAGUCGAGAAACCAGCUUAGAUUCAGGAGUGGAUAUGAGCGAACUGAGCCAGACGUCUGGACGGCGGGUUGUAACGCUGGAGCGCAAUGCUACUUUUGUGAAAAGCACAUCCAGCACCAAAUAUGCAUCUCCACAGUGAAAACCCGGUGUGACACCUCCACACCUCAAGUCUGUGAGCCAACAGCAUCACUUCCAUCUAUAACAAGUAACUCAUUUACUUUACGGCUUUACGGAUUAAAGUGCCAAUCCAAGUUGGGCCCAUUUCUCCCAUCUGAUUCCAGACGAUCUUCAUUCCCUCGUGAUUAAUUAACAGACGGCUAGUGGACACGACUGAAAGUUUGGGACUCUAACAACUUCACUGGUGCAUAUUUGUUCGUGCAACUUUUCUCGUUUAUUGUCAUUACGUGAAUCAAUACGUUCUAUUUUAAUUACAACUGACCCUUGUGAUAAGUAUUUUUACUGCAUGUAGUGCCACAUGGAACUACGUUGACGACUUGUUCAUCAUCAGUCAACAUGCGAGCGACCACAGGAAUGUCAGUUCAUGUUUUAACUUGAACUUAUCAUCUGCCCCUCCCAUUACAGACUGGGUGUUGUGAAGCAGCUGUUACAAUGUGGAACUGUGAUAUGGACAUAACAAGUAGACAUGAGUACAGCUGAGAGAAAAGCCCACCGACACAAUCAUGUAACUGACGACUAAUACUAACAUAAUGACCAUAUAUAAAUGGAUCUUUUCCACUUCAACGGGCCCAGUGUGACGACUGUGAGAAAUGGUUUCAUUCAUACCCAGGGUGCCCAAACAGGAAACGGGGAAUCAGGGAAGCUAUUGGUAAAAACACCCCUGCAAUUAUUUUCCAUUCACACAUUGCCAAUAAAAAUAUUCUGUAUAUAAGACGAGUGUUGUUUAUGAUUUAUAUUAUGUGGUGAGCUUGUAGGUUUAAACAGGAUUAUUUAACAUCCGCUCUGUUGGAUGAUUAACUUCGGCCUCCGUGCUGCGCGGGUUGGAGGGACGAGGAAGGAAGUGCUGCUUUAUGACCCUGUGAGAUCAACUGACGAGAGGAAAACACCGAAGAAGUCGCAACUUUUUGCUGUUUGUUUACCGAAAACUUUUUCAUUUUUCCACUCAUAUUCGGAGAAGGAUUUUUUGGUUAGGCUGCAGUUCAGUCCAGCGAGUUCCAGCGAGUAAAGAUCAGAGGCGAACUGAUGGCAGGCAAACUUCCUUCAGGGUCGCCCACUCGAGCCGUGGUCGCUGAUGAUGACAGCGUUGUUGUCGCCAGAGAAAUAAAAAACACAAAAACAAAGUCCCUCUCCAUCCAGAUUGAAACAGUGAGCGCUCCAGGCACCCGUCCAUCCGGUGAGCGUUCAUGUCAUUUCCUCGAGGAACGUCAGUGGACAAGCACAUUUCACUGCACUUGGUGGUGGUGUGAUAUGUGCCGACAAAAUAUCCGAUUCCACUUUUGACGGUGAUAUUAAUCUGACGGUGUCUGUGAAAACACCACGAGUACACGCAGGGACAGCAGAUGAGACACUUUGUUUCUCUCAGGAAACCGACCCUGCUGUGAAAAUGAUCACUGAGCACAAGCCACAACUCAUCAGCUACCUGAUGGCAGACCACUCCUUCAUUCUGCAGUGUGUGCAUGUCAAAAAAGCAGCAAAGUAAUCAAGCAUGCAAGCACUGCAUUUUGUAUGUGAAUGUUAUUUUGUACAAUUUUUGUAUCAAAAUAUUAAAUAAUAUAUUUUAAAA